CGUCGUGUUCAAGUCGCGAGCGCGAGUUUCUCCGUAAGCUACAAGGACUUGACCUGGGAACCCGCCUAAUUGCCACUCAUUAAUCCUUUUCUUUUCCUCGGUCAGUUUAGAGUACGGAUUAGUAGACUGAAUCCACUAACCCCUAGCGCUGUUGCAUAUUAACAAGCUCAUAAAUUCUUAGCCCCAUACGCAUAGAAGGAGUAGUGUUGCACGCUCGCACCGGUGCACGUUGGUGGAUCGAUCGAUCUCCAUGGCGGCGCUUCACCACCACCACCACCACCACAGCCACCAGAUCAAGGCGCCGGCGCCGACUUGGCUCAUCGUGAAGGCUACCCCGCCGCCGAGGGACGGGGCCAAGAAGCUGGCCGCGGCGGCGUACUCGCCGCUCCUGCUGUCGCCGUCCGUGUGGCAGAAGGCGCAGGACGCCAAGAAGGGCAAGGCGGACGGCGGCGACGGCGCCCUCCCGGCGUCACCGAGGAUCACCUGCAUGGGGCAGGUCAAGGGGAGGCCGAGGAGAUGCUCGGGCGCGCGCCGCGGCGACCGUCCGGCCGCGAGGGCCGGUAGCUCGGGUCUACUGGAGCGGCUCACGCUGGGGCUGUUCGGGCGGCGGCGGAGGGGGAGGACGUCGUCGCGGGCGUGCUCCAAGGUCAGGGACGUGCCGACCUGCUCGUCGGCGCAGUCGCGGGGGAAGAUUUAUUGCGGCCGCGGCGGCGCGGCGGCGGUGUGCACGCUUGACCCGCCGUUGCCGGUGGUGAUCAGGCGGCCCGCGGCGGACGACGAAGCGCCGACGCUCUGGGAGAGGCGGCGCGGCGGCGGCGGGAAGGCCCUGGAGACUCUCCGGUUAACGUAGAUCGCUGGCUCGCUGCAGAGUUGCGCUUGGCAACCGCAGCCCGCCGGUGAGUAUAUUGACAGAGGAGGCCAAAGACAAGGAGGCAACGGACGACUUCAGCCGAAGGCUACGGAUGCGGAUGCUAAUUUCCUAAAAAUUUGUCCAUAAUACCAUGUAUGUUUACAGUUUAAUCAUUUCUUUUUGCUAAUUUGUAUAGUUGUAUCUACUUGUAUGUUGAUCCUACUGUCCAUUUUAAAAGUCUUGUCUCUACGAUUUGGAAGCU